CAGAUUUCUGUGCAACAAAUGUAUCUGGGUUUCUAGUUUCAGGGACUGAUUUUUCUUCGAGGUGUAGCAGUGUACAGAAAAUGGCUACUGAAAUACAAGCAGUACCUGCAGAGAACCCCAGCUCCAAAAGGCAAGCUUGGUUCUGCACCACCGGUUUACCGAGCGACAUUGUCAUCGAAGUGGAGGAUAUGGCUUUCCAUCUCCAUAAGUUUCCUCUAAUGUCAAAGAGCCGGAAACUUCACAAUUUGAUAACCGAGCAAGAAGCCAAUUGCUUUACUCCUACCAGACAGAGUCAAAAUAAAACUGCCAAAGCAGAGCCACAGGAAGAAGAAGAAGACGAAGAAGAAGAAGAUGAAGGUGAGGAAGAUCACUGCCAUAUAGUGCUCUCUGAUUUCCCCGGCGGUUCUGAUAUUUUCGAAAUGGCAUCGAAAUUCUGCUACGGCGUGAAGAUCGACCUCAACUCUUCCAAUGUCGCUCCUCUCCGCUGCGCCGGAGAGUUUCUGGAAAUGACGGAAGAGUACAACGUAGAAAACCUGAUCUCAAAAACUGAAAAAUAUCUCUCCCAAACUGUACUCAAAAGCAUCAAAGAGUCAAUUAAAACGCUGAAAUCCUGUGAGCCUGUGAUGCCUCUAGCCGAGACCUUAAGCAUUACGCAGAGAUGUAUCGAUUCGAUCGCUUCGAAAGCGCCAUCCGCCGAUCCAACUUUGUUCGGAUGGCCAGUCAGUGACGGAGCCAAUAGCGCUCAAGAUCAAUCGAAGCAGAUGCUUUGGAACGGAAUUGAAACUGGAGGGCGAAAGAAGAGCGGUGGUAGAGGAAGCAAGGGAGGGUCAUGGUUUGAGGAUCUCGCCCAGCUCAGUCUGCCUCUGUUUAAGCGGUUAAUUUUCUCCAUGAGAGAUCAAAAUGUGAGUUCGGAGAUUAUUGAGAGCUGUUUAAUGAACUACGCUAAGAAAUAUAUUCCAGGUAUAUCCAGGUCCAACCGGAAGCCAUCGUUGCCAUCUACCUCUUCCUCUAGUAUGCCUACGGAGACUGAUCAAAAGGAGUUGUUAGAGACCAUAAUCAGUAAUCUUCCAUUGGAGAAAAGCUCAAAAACUCCAACCGCAACAAGGUUCCUCUUCGGACUACUGCGGACGGCCAAUAUAUUGAACGCUUCGGAGGUUUGCAAAGCUGCUUUAGAGAAGAAAAUAGGAUCGCAACUCGAACAAGCAACACUGGACGAUCUUCUAAUUCCGAGCUAUUCGUAUCUGAACGAGACCUUAUAUGACGUUGAUUGUGCAGAGAGGAUUUUAUCUUACUUUUUAGAGGGACUCGAAGAGAAAAAUGCAGAGGUAGCUGAAGUUAAUCAAGCUGUAGUCGAGGAUGAUGGUGCCAGAUCACCAGCGUUAAUGCUUGUCGGUAAAUUGAUAGAUGGAUAUCUCGCGGAGAUCGCCUCAGACGCCAAUCUGAAGGCUGAAAGGUUCUACAACCUCGCAAUUUCUCUCCCUGAACAGGCUAGACUCUUCGAUGACGGUGUUUACCGAGCCGUCGAUGUGUACCUCAAGGCUCAUCCAUGGAUCUCCGAAGCAGAACGCGAGAAGAUAUGUGGAGUAAUGGACUGCCAAAAGCUGACAUUAGAGGCAUGCACACACGCUGCUCAGAACGACCGUCUUCCACUCCGAGCAGUAGUGCAGGUGUUGUUCUUUGAACAGCUGCAGCUCCGUCACGCCAUCGCUGGAACACUCAUGGCUGCGGAGACAGUACCGGCGGAUACCGGAAGAUUCUCGGGCGUAUCCCGUCGUGAAACGGAGGAGGUGGAACGGGGAAUGGGAGAGCAGGAGGAGGAGGAGGAGGAGGAGGAAAUUCCGGCGGGGGCAUUAGUGCACGAGAAUGGCACGUGGAGAGAGACGGUGAGGGAGAAUCAGAUGCUUCGCUUAGAUAUGGAUAGUAUGAGGACGCGGGUGCAUCAGCUUGAAAGAGAGUGCUCAACGAUGAAGAAAGUGCUCGAGAAGAUCGACAAGGCCGGGGCCCCGCAAGGCAAUGGAGGAAGAUGGCGAGCGUCGUUGAUCAGACGGUUGGGAUGUAAGUUCAAAACCCAGGUAUGUGAUUCGCAUGAAUCAGCGGUCCUGGAUGGCCGAAGAGGACGAAACCAAAACCACAAUCAUCAGCAACCAUAGAAGAACCCAUCACAGUGAUUAUUCCUCAGUUCUCGGGUGGGUCCCACUUAUCAUUGUACGGAAGACUAUAGUGGAUGCCACGCAGGCUUACUUACUUCCUCCCUUUCCUUUCUCUUUUUUUUCUUUUUCUUUUUUCUUCUUUCUUUUUCUUCUUUCAUUUUGGGGUUAAAAAAAUUGGGAGUUGUAAUUUUACAAAUUUUGUGAUUUGGGUAAAAUCAAAAUCAAAUUGUCGCUGCUUCCACGCACCGUUUUGAUUGUGGCACGCCUUUUCAAGCAAUGGGUAGUGUAGAAUAGAUUCAAUUAAAUUAGUAUGAACGACGGAACGAAUGAGAUACCUGUGCCUCUCUCAUUGUUAUUUGUGAAUGAAUUAGUUCUUAAUUAA